AAGUGAUUUUGACUUAAUUGGAGCGUUUAUCUGCUGUUUAGGCGAAGGUUAUGGCAGUUUUUUUAAUAUCUCUCGCUCCUGUAUAGUCUGUAGUUUCUCCUGCUGAGAUAGAAUCUGACGUCAUGGAAAAAAAAAUUCCAGAAGUGACAUUUUCUUUGAGAGUUUCAGAUCUCUGUUAUAAAGCAGGAGGGUCGAACAUGGGAAAAUGGUACUUCCUGUACACAUUUAUUCGUGGGGAUCUUUUUAAACUUUGGGAAGCGGACACCUAUCGGUAUCAGAAAAGAGUAAGUCUGGAUCAAGAGGUGAUGGUGAACCUUAAAAUAGAGGACCCUUUUGGUUGGAGGUUGCCCUUACCUUUUAGUUAUUAUAACCCAAUAGAUGUUUUUAUUUUUGUGUAUGACAUAACACAGAGAGAUUCAUUUGCGGAUGCAAAGACGUUGGUUUAUGAGUUCACUCGAAAGGCCAGGCCAGGUGCCUUUGUAGCUCUUGUGGGGAAUAAAGCAGAUCUUGAAGGUAGAAGAGAGGUGUCUUUUAAGGAAGCUCAGGAUUAUGCAGAUGGGAGCAAUAUUGUUGAGAUUUUUAUGGAAGUGUCAGCACCAACGGUCGAAAAUGCGGAAGACCUUCUCUCCAAAAUAGUGGAAACUUUAACCGCACCCAUAUCCGCUGUCAGACAAACGUUGGCUCUCAGAAAGAGAACUCUGGAUCUGAGUAAGGAAUACUUGACCCCCAGAAUGUUGGAUUUUAUCGUAGCCGGUUUAUCACUUGCAAAUAUUCGAUCACUGAAUUUGAGCCACAACAACUUAUUACGGAUACCUGAUUGUUUUUUUCGUUUGAUAAACCUAACGUGCUUAUAUGUGAAUGACAACAGCCUGUCCUCUCUGCCUGAAAGUAUGAUACUCUUCCAAAGACUUGAAAAGCUGGACUUGAGAAAUAACCAACUCAAGGAACUCGAUGUGGUUAGAAAACUGCAUGAACUUAAAAAUUUAUCGGUUGAAGGAAAUCCACUCACACGGAAGGAGAUCAGAAGUCUUAUUAAGCGUGUAAAUACGACUACAAGAAGGAUCUGCGUAGACAUUGCAGCUGUAGCUCCUCCCGAAAUUUUGGCGCAAGGACUUUCUGCAAGACUGGUUUAUGAAGAGGCCCUCAGAGGUGGAUUUGUAAAUGUUUAUCGUGGUCGCAUAGUAUUGGUUGGCCAGGAUCGUGCCGGUAAAACAAGUUUAAAGAAGACUCUCUUAGGUCUUCCAUUUGACUUCAACGAACAGAGUACGGACGGGAUCGAAAUAGAGCCAUCAAAGUUCGAAAUUGAAGUUGAGCAAAUUAAAAACUGGACUCCUAGUUGUGCGAGCAAGUCAAGUUUGUCUGAUUGUUCGGAAUAUACAACGGGUAUGGCAAAACUGUUAGCGACAGAAAGGUAUCACAUGAUUGUUCAUGAUGACAAGGAAGACUCGGAAAUGAAAUCAGUAGGGGCACAGCCUAAGGAAGAACGCAGAGUGGAGUCAGGAGAUGAAUUGCACACAAAACAUAUUGUCGCCGAUGAGGUCCGUUUACUAUAUUUUUACUCUGAAACCCGACUUUUUAUGAAUGAUCUCAAACGAAUUCGCACAUUUAAUGCUCAUUUCAUUGUUUUGACACAACGAGAUAGAUCGACAUCUACUGAUACGGCCACAAAGCUUCCAGAUAGAUCCGGGCCAUCAUGCGAAUUUCAUGAAGAAGAUAAUCUAAGCACAAAGUCCAAAAUAGCUAUCAACGCCACCGUACUUUCUAAUGCCGUUGAAAAACAGGCUGAUGAACUCCUAAAGAACAUGAUCGUCGAAGGUGUGGAUGCUGAUAGUGCAUACAUCGAGAAAGGAUCCUCGAUAACCGCAGAUGUGUGGGAUUUUGCGGGUCAACAUGUGUACUAUGCUGCUCACUCGGUAUUUCUUUCGUCAAGAGCUGUGUACAUCGUAGUUCACAACCUUAACAAGCCACUGAAUGCCCUAGCUCAGCCAUGUGCCAGACAGGGGACUCAUGAUGUAACUUUGGAGAACCCGAACAAUGAGACAAAUCUAGAGAAUUUGCUGUCGUGGCUCGUGACAGUUCAUAAUAUGACACCAACUGGAGAAGAAAUGGUUGAAACGCCUAACGUGCUUCCCUAUCUCCGACCUCCAGUGUUUAUCGUCGGCACCCAUGCUGACAAGCCAUAUGAAGAUACUAAGGAUGUUACAUCCAAGAUAAUUCGUGAGAUUUCCAGUAAGGAAUAUGGAAAACAUGUGAUCCGACCAUUCUUCUACAUUGAUAACGCUCAAAGAGACAAAUCAUUCGCGCGGAAAUUCUGGAAUUUCUUUAAAUUUCAAAGAAAUGCUCAAGCAGGUCAAGAAGGAGAAAAUGAUGGCACUAGUGCCGAUGAAAUUCAUGCUCUUCGAGCGAGAAUCCUGGAAGUACUUCGACAGGAACCUUAUAUGGGAGAGAAGAUACCAGUGAGAUGGUUUCACUUCGAAAAGGUCAUUAAAGCUUUAGUAGCUAAGAAUGUAUACCACACAAAUACUGUCCAUCUUCAAACCUAUGCCAAGGAUGUGUGUUUCAUAGAAGACGAUGAACAGUUUUACACCAUGUUGAAUUUCUAUCACAACUUAGGAAUAAUUGUGAAACAUCGCAGUACAGUCAUUCUGAAGGCGCAGUGGUUAAUCAGUCUAUUCAAGAAGCUUAUAACCAUCCCAGCAUUCAAAAAAGCGGAUCCUGUGCAUUCCAAUUUCUGGCUGAAACUCGAGAAAAGUGGCGUCCUUAGGAUGGAGCUUGUUGAUCACGUUUUCUCCCCUCUUAUUAAGCAAGGCGUUAACAAGGAAGACAUCUUGGACAUGAUGGAGCAGUUCUGUUUGAUUGCCAAAUACUCACCAUCUCCGGCUGACGUUCAGUACUUUGUGCCAUGUCAACUGACGUCCUCGCCUGAAGAGCUUUGUAAAUUCGAGCCAUCAUCUACGGAUCCUUGUCCUUUGUAUCUUCAUUUCCAAGAGGGCUUUGUCCCGCAUGGUCUUUUUACUCGCCUUGUUUCAAAAUCGGUUGCUUGGUGUGGUGCAAGUGGAUCGUCACAGCCUCCAAAACUCUACCAGAAUGGUGCACGGUUCGUUCUUGAAGGACGCGUCAUUAAUGAUAUGAUUAUGAUUUGCAAGAAGAAGUUCAUAAAAAUCCUCUUGAGGCAAAGAAAGAAAAGUGAAGCAGUUCCAGUGUCUAAUUCAACUUUGGUAGAGGUUCCUAGAAGUGUGCGAUUGUUUAUAGAGAGCAGUUUAGAAACGAUGUCACAGGAGUUCCCAUACUUGAGUAGGAUGCAGCAUGAAUUUUGUGUUGAAUGCCCUUACUGUCAGCAAGGAGGUCGUAAGUGCACAAACCACAACCAAUCGUCCUGUACAGAAGAAGACUGCUUACACCUGCUUGAAUUAAGACAAGGUCAGGAUUUGAUCUGUAUGGAAAGCAUGUCUAAUAAAGUACUUACAGUUCCUGGACAAGAAAAAUGGUUGUUGAACCAGGAUUUGGCUCCGUCAGUGACAAGAACCUCACAAGUUGCAUCAGUUCGUGGUCACCCAGCAAAGUGCGACAAAACUUUGAAAGUUACUCUUCUGGCCAGUGAGUGGAAUUCAUCAAGAGGGGGUUUGUCCACCAUCAACAGACACCUUGCCAUCCUUAUGGCCAAACGUAGCGAGGUGCAAGUCACUCUCUUGGUCCCACAAUUUGCUUGUUCUGAAGAAGAGAAGAGAGCUGCAGAAAGUCACAAGAUUGUCAUCAAAGAAGCAGAGAGACGUCCAGGCUAUGACCCUCUUGACUGGUUGAACUUCCCUCCGAAAGACCUGAUAAUUGACGUGGUGGUGGGUCAUGGAGCCAAGUUAGGUAGGCAAGCCCAAAUCAUUAGGGAGUCCCAUAGUUGCCAAUGGGUACAAGUAGUGCAUACUGCGCCUGAAGAGCUCGGAAUGUUCAAAAACUAUCCGAGAGCCAUUGCCAGAGGAGAAGAGAAGACUACAGCCGAAGUAGAUUUGUGUAAAUUGGCAAAUCUAGUUGUAGCGGUAGGACCCAAGUUGACGGAGGCCUACUCUGCCUAUCUUCAAUCAUGUGAGAAGCAGCAAGAUAUCAUGUCGCUCACUCCUGGCACAUUCAAGGAGUUUUCAACUCUAAAUCAUGCCUCAGUUGACUCUGAAAAGUUUAGGGUGUUGACCUUUGGUCGUGGUGACCCUGAGGACUUCGGUCUGAAAGGGUAUGAUAUCGCUGCCAAAGCAGUAGUUGAGCUGAAAGACAACUCCUACCACUUGAUCUUUGUGGGUGCACCUGAUGACAAGCAGGAGGCAGUUACGGAAAAUUUGUUGCAGAAUGGUAUUUCUAAACGUCAGCUGACAGUGAGAAAGUUUUUGCAAAGCAAAGAGAAAUUGAAAGAUUGUUUUUGUGAAGUUGAUCUCUGUAUCAUGCCAUCCCGCACGGAAGGGUUCGGCUUAACCGCGUUGGAAGCCUUGUCAGCUGGUCUUCCCAUUCUUGUAAGUGGAAACUCGGGUUUCGGAGACGCUAUGCGUUCUGUACCAUCCGGCAAAUCUUUUGUGGUUGAUUCUGAGGACCCUAAGGUGUGGGCUGAGGCAAUUGCUGUUGUCCGAAAUAAGAAGAGACCAGAGCGUCUUAAAGAGAUUGAACGACUGAGAACAUCCUAUGAGGAGCAGUUCAGCUGGAAGAAACAAUGUGACCUUCUUGUUGAUAAGAUGUGGGACAAAGUUGAUGGCGCAGGGCUGCUUGAACCAACCCUCCAGAAUCUUCAACAGAUGCAACUCUGUGCGAGCACGGUCAACAACAACACUUCCUUGACAGAGGAGUUAUCGAGGAUUGUAUCAGAUAAGGGCUUCAGAAUUUCUGACAAUCAAGGGUCAGGAAACUGCAUGUUCCAUGCCUUGUCAGAACAACUAGAAACCGUCAAAGGAAUCAAAAUCCAACAUGGCCAGUUGAGACAAUCUCUAGUUCAGUACCUCAGGGAAAACCCAAAACUGCCGGAUGGAACAGAUCUGUGUCACUUUGUCCAUGGCCAUGAAACAUGGGCUGAUUACCUGACAUAUAUGAAACAAGAUGGCGCUUGGGGUGAUCACCUCAUUCUCUGUGCAGCUGCGAAUUGCUUUAAAACGUGCAUUCAUGUGGUCAGCAGUCUACACAAUGAUGUAGUCAUCAGGCCACAUUGUCCUGUUGACGAAAGCAAGCCACUAGUACUGGGACAUAUUCAUGAGGUACACUAUGUCAGUCUUCAACCCAUACAAGGCUAAAGAAAAGUGUUUAGGCAGUUAUGGCUACAAACCAGGAAGACUUGAACGAAGAAAUAGAACGCAACCAGAAAAAAAUGCGAAAUUUUAGAACUUCUCUCACGAAACUUUAUUUUUAGCUGAAAAGAAAGCUUUAGAUGAAACCUAGCUUUUUAGAGGUCACAGGUUUUAUGGUUUGGAUGAGCUUAAGUCACUGAAUUGUUAUCGAGUUUUCGUGGUUUGAUUGAAAUUUUGAUAUAGAGUAAUCCUUAACUGAGUGUAAAAAGUAAUCCCGUACUGCUUUGGUUUUCUUUACUUCGGUCUGUGAUUGGUCUAGAAACUUGCACAAUGUGCGAAACAAAUCAGACGCCAAACGAAAAAGGAUCGUGACUACUCAUUUUCCCUCAGUCUAGUAGUUUGCCUGUAUUUCUUUUCAAACCCCAUUGGCUAAUAACGAUGCAAUACUUCGUUAUUAUUGGCUGUUGUAAUUACUUUGGUUUUUGGUUUACGCCGGCCAAUUGAAAAUUUCUCUAAAAGCCAUGAAUUACUAAUUGCAAAUUACGACUUGCAAUUUUUUCUCCUCUCAUUGGGACGAUAGCAAAAGUUGUUUCGCGAAUUUCUGUUCAGCAAUUAUGGAACAUGACUCAUCCAGGAUAUUCUUAUGUUUUAUUGUUGCCGUUGUGCUUUGGUGUCGCCGUUGUGUGUUCACGAUUACUUUUGCUAUCAGCCUUGGAAAAGAACCCCAGCUCCUUGGAGAAGCUUUCAAACUUCUCACCGUGAGAGACUUGAGUAUGAUGAGCAUGAUGUUUAAGUCUACUGCCAUAAUACUCUGUUAACGGCUAGUUGUUAGGUACUCAAUUUAUUUAGUUACAAAGCAAUUCCUUUUCACAUUUGCUUAUGUCGUUUGCUAUUUAGACCUUAGUUCCACUGGUGAUUGAGUGGUUUUUUUCUCAAGUGUGUCUCUUGAAAUUGAUCCACGUUAUCUGAACAUACCAGUUAUGGCUAUUUGGCGAAGGCAGUGGAAGAGAAUUGUCUUGGUGGCAUUUUUAAAUGCGAUUCCAUUAGUUUUGUGUUCCAGAGAUGCGAUAUAUUAUCAGUUUAGCAAGGAUCUGCCACCCAUAUCAGAUCUUUCCAGCGAAAUCCCCUUUUUCGAAAUCGGAGAUGUUUGAAAACCAAGUUCGAGACUGAGUAGAAAGCUGUUAAGUUUCCAACGUAUACUUUUAGUUAGAUCCAUUAAAGGAUUUAAAUAAAAACUUUCGAUCAUGAAUUCAUUCCUUAUGAACUAAAAAUUUAAUCAACCUUUGUCUUCAUAUACAUGUGUAAACACAAACACCAAAAUAUAGUAUUUGUAGAGUAUCACAGUUCUACACCGUACUAUAUGUUAGAAAAGAUAAGUAGAUCAUGAAAGCCAGUAAAAUAAAAAUAUUAGGACAUAGCAAUAUUUUUCUUUUGUUGCCUGUAUUCGCCUACAUUGUACCUUCCUUUCUCGACCAUGAAACGCCUAUAAUGAUUGGUUUAUUUAGAACAAUAGGGUAAAAUUAAUAAGUUUUAACACAAUGAGUUUACGCGUCUAUUCAUAUGGUAAUAUACAAGCGUCAGAAAAAAUGCUGUUUCCUCACGGGUCAGUUGCAUCACCCACCUAAACAACAUUAUUGCUGGUAUUUUUGUUUCUUGACUGUGUUUCUUGUAAUACUUAUAUACUCUUGAUCGAAGUUAUAGUAUGCG